AUGGCCUUGAAGGACAUGACACACGACCUGGAGAAGCUCGAUUCUCACAUCGACUCUCUCGAGGAUGCGCUCAAGCCCCUGAUUGACGGCCUUCCCGAAAUGGCCAACGAGCUCCCGCUUCUCGACAAGGCGAAGAUGUUCGCCCUCACAGCUUAUGCCAUCGAAUCUCUUCUCUUCUCUUCCCUCCGUCUGCAAGGCGUAGACGCCAAGGACCAUCAAGUCAUGACGGAACUCAAGCGCGUGCAACAGUACUUUGGAAAGAUCAAGAAGGCCGAAGAGGUACCGGCCCAGCGGACCAUGACCGUCAACACUGAGGCUGCUACGCGGAUUCUCAAGGCGGAUCUCGGCGAGAACGACAAGAGUUUGAAGAAGAAGCUGGAGGAGAAACUGGCUGAGGAGCGCGCGAAGGCGCUGCUCAACUCCAUGCAGAGGCCCAAAAGACCCGCUCCCGAAUCACCGCCAGCCAGCUCCUCCGGCCCGGAGAAGAAGCUGAGAAGCUCAAAGAGGAAGAGCACCGGAAGGAAUAGCAGAUCCUGA